AGGCUAAUUGUGCAUCAGUUCAUCUUAAACAUUCUACAAUUCACAAAUGGCCAGAUAGAUAUGGAGUUAGUGAAGAAAUUAAAUUGGAAAUUCAAAAACAUUUACAUUUGAGUCCAAGUGAAAUCUAUAAACAAUUAGAACAAGAUAAUUUAAAUUUAACACAGAAACAG